AUGGCCGACAAACUCCGCGCUCAACAGCAACUUGAGGCGCUCCAAGCGCGCUACAUCGGCAUCGGGUCCGCCGACACGUCUAAGCACGAGUGGACGUCCAACAUGGCGCGCGACUCGCUUGCCUCGUACAUUGGCCACCCGCCGCUAUUGCAGUAUAUGAGCAUCGGUCUUGGACAAUCCCGCGAGAAGACUAGGGUCCAGUUGCUUGAGAGGAUGAUUCAGCCUGUGGGACCACCGCCGAAGCAAGAUGAUUGA